AUGACCACGUCUUACUGCAAUAGCAGCGGUGGAAAAAUUAUCGAAGCAAUUUACAGGGGAUUUUGCCCAGAAAAUGGAAAUGAUUUUAUAAAUUCUGAUGGCAGUGAUUCCCUGAUUAUCAAAUCUUAUACUUUAAUUAAUAACAACGUCGAGAUAGUUAUUAUCACUUGGGGAGCAACAAUAGUGUCGAUUAAGUAUCCGGAUAAAUAUGGACGAGUGGCCGACGUUGUUCUAGGAUUUGAUAAUUUAGAGGAUUAUCUGAAUCCUGAGAUGAAUUUGUUCAUUGGUUGUGUACUAGGGCGAUGUGCUAAUAGAAUAAAAGAUGGAAUUCUCAAGAUCAAAGGAAGCGAGUACCAAUUGUCAUUGAAUGAUGGAGAGGAUCAUCUUCAUGGAGGGAUUGGAGGCUUUGGAAGGCGAAAUUGGGAUUCUCACAUUAAUGAAAAUAACUUGAUACUGACAUAUUUAAGCCCAGAUGGAGAAGCUGGUUAUCCAGGAACUGUUUUAACAAUUCUAACAUUCAAAUUAACGGCAGAAAAUACUUUAGACAUUAAAAUGCAUGCAACAACCACCAGGCCAACAUUGAUAAAUCUCUCAUACGGUUUACUAUUUAAUUUGGCUGGACACAAUGCUGGGGAAAACGAAUUGAAGAUGCACAGUAUCUCCCUCAAUUGCGAUCGCUGCAUAUUUACAAAACAUGAAGAUGGAAUUCCAAUUAAUAAAAGUCGCAGGAUAGGAGGAACUUUAUUGGAUUUCAGAAUUCAACGACUUCUGGGCGAUGAGAAGAAUUGCAUGCUAUUUGACGACGAUUUUGGACAGAACUUAUGUGUCAUCCGGGAUUGUGAACCUGCAUUGACAUUUGUAUCUCGUGCCUAUCAUGAAAAAACUGGGAGAGUCUUAGAAGUUUUCUCCAACCAACCUGGACUACAGUUCGAUAUGUGCGGAAGAUUUCCCACCGAAAAUGAUGCAGAGGAUAUCACAUAUGAGACACUAGAUGCCAAAAAGUUCGAUGAACUUGCUAGUUACACUAGUUUCUUUUCGGAAAGUGGAGAAGGAUACUUCAAGGGUGAAGAUGAUGGUUCAUAUGAAAAUACUAAUUUUUUAUUCACCAAAUCACGAAUGAAAUUCAUUCCUGGAAAAAAUGGUGCGAAAUACAUGAAAUUCUGUGCAUUUGGUGUUUACCCACAGAACUAUUACAAUUCUGCAAUUAAGCACUUUCCGUGUGCGAUGGUGCGUCCAGGACAGGUUUAUCACCACCAUUUGGUUUAUAAAUUCGGAGUUCAGCUUGAGAAUUCUCUCUAA